AUGGACUGGGCAGUCCGGGGGCUUGGCAAGACCUGGGGAUUGAAAGGUACAGCACAACUUUGCGCUUUCGUGAAGCUUUUCCGGGCCAGGGAUGAGGAUGGUGCAACGACGCCAUCAUGGUCCCUGGAGCAGGAAGCACAAGCGUUUGUGGACUGGGUGAUUGUCGAAGGUGGUAUCCUUCCCAAAGCUUGCCAAGUUCUGGCCGAGCGUCCCGAUAUGGUUCAGGAGAAGGUUUAUCGCCAAGCCCUGUCUCGGUGCCAAGUUAGCUGUGAGCCAGUAUCCUACGAUGAGAUCCGAAGCAUCAUCAGUGAGGAUGGACUUUGGUCUCAUAUCGAAUCUUUGGGUGGGCUGCAGGAGGAGCCCCUGUCGACGGGCAGUAUCGGCCAGGUGCAUUUCUGCGGCGAUGGCCAUGUCGUCAAGGUUUCUCUGGUGAAGAAGAAGCGGGAGAUGAAGCGGCAGUUCUCGUGGUUGAAGGCACUAGUGAAGCUGCCAGGGCUUCAGAAGUCCAUUCUCAUGGAUAUUCAGUAUGUGGUAGGGCCCAUCAAGGAUCAAAUCCUCUCUGAGUUUGACCUUCGCGGUGAGCGGCAGCGCCUCCGCUUGGCUGCAGCUGCUCUGCCCCGCGCCCGGAAACUGCUCGGGGAGGAGUUUGGCGAUUUCGAGCUUCGCGUCCCCGAAGUCUCGAGCACAAGUACCCAGCAUGUCCUCAUCAUGACGCGACAGCGCGGCAUCCUGCUGAAAGAUCUGCUCGACCAGGAUUCUCAGAUGGCCCGGACGAUCAAGUUGACAUGGAUGCGGAGAGUGCUGCGUCUCUGGGGUGCUUUUACACUGGGCCUCGGCUGGUUCCACUCAGAUCCACAUCCGGGCAACCUAUUGAUCUCUGAGGACGACUCGCUGGUGCUGCUUGAUUGGGGGUCUGUCACAGUGCUUCGCCAAGACCAGUUGGAGGAGCUUCGUGCACUCUUCAAUGCGCUGGCGCAGCGCCCAAUCCAGGCGGCUUCUGUGACUUCGUCCAUGCGCCGUUUGCAGCUGCGCACGAAAAAGGACACAGAUGCCGGCUUAUUUGGGGUCGCCGUCUCCACCUUGGCUAUGGACAUCCUCGUGUUCCCAGACGUACAGGAAGCUUUGGGAGAGGAGGAGGACCCACCGAAGCACAUCCCUCAAGAAAUGGCACAGCUGAUCCGUGUGGUAGCUACGCUGGAAGGCUCAGCAUCCCGCUGUGGCCGCUGCUUGCGAGUGCUUCCCCUCUGGUCUCCCAUCUUGAGCAAG